GAAAAAGUGAGUCAGCUAGAAGUAGAACACAAAGAAGCAAAAGAAGCAGCCAUUAAAGAAAAGCAAAUGAAAAGAAGAAGAAGCUAACACACACACACCACUCAUUCAUCUUCAAACACAGAGUGAAGUUAUUUGGUGUUUUGUGUAUCUAUCAAUCUUUCCUCAAAGUUUUGUUCUUUACACAUGGGUCGAUUUCUUCUCUUUCUCAUUUUUAUCAGCUUCCUUACAUUAUCUUUUGUCUCAGAGGUACAAACAACGUCGUUCAAGAUUGUAAACAAGUGCCGUUACACAAUAUGGCCAGGAUUACUCUCCGGCGCUACUUCACCGCCGCUACCCACCACCGGAUUCACUCUCAAGAGUGGAAAUUCAAGGACUAUACAAAUCCCGAAAGCUUGGUCGGGUCGGAUAUGGGCACGAACACUCUGCGGUCAAGACUCUGACAGAAAGUUUUCAUGUAUCACUGCCGACUGUGGCUCCGGCAAAGUAGCCUGCGCCGGAGGUGGUGCCAAACCUCCGGCAACAUUAGCAGAGUUCACCUUGAACGGAGCUGAUGGGCUGGACUUCUACGACGUGAGUUUGGUUGACGGUUAUAAUAUUCCGAUGCUGAUCGUGGCGAAAGGAGGGACAAGAGGUGGCUGCAGCCCUACUGGUUGUCUUGUGGAUCUUAACGGUGGUUGUCCGGUGGAUUUGAAGGUAGCGCGUGGGAAUGGGAGUGGUGGUGGCGUUGCGUGUAGAAGCGCGUGUGAGGCUUUUGGGGAUCCUCGUUAUUGUUGUAGUGAGGAGUAUUCUACGCCUGACACGUGUGGUCCUUCUGUUUACUCGUUGUUUUUUAAACAUGCUUGCCCACGCGCUUAUAGCUACGCGUAUGAUGAUAAGACCAGUACUUAUACAUGUGCUUCUGCUGACUAUUUGAUUGUGUUUUGCCCCUUGCCUUAUACAAGCCAAAAAGUGUUGGGAGCAAGGAAAGAUGGAGCACCGCUUCCUCUUGUAAACAAAACUAUGAUGUACUUACCAAAACAACAUUCUGGCGGUUCUUCGUCGACAGGUCUGAUCCAAACGCAGAUUAUAGCAUAUGUUACCUCUAUUGCUGUGGCGUUUUUCCUGUCAUGCCCUUUUAACACUGUUUAUGGCUCCUUUUGUAUCGACACUUCAGGCAGAAAGUAACACAAAGACUAAUCAGUUCUUAAUGUAACCUUGACUUGAAGGAUGCCAUAUAGGAAACACACUGUAAAUAUUGUCUCUAUGUUAUAUCUUUUUAAUAUACUUCAACUAUCAGUAGUUGAACUUUUUAUAAUUUUGUCAACGGAGGGAUUAUAAUUUUGCAAGUAUUUUUGCAGUCUACAUUUUGCUAGUUAUGAGAAACCUCAAUAUAUUUGUUGCAUAUUGAUGGUUGCAAGAGUGCAUACUUGAGUUUUAUGGAGUAAUGCUUCGUGCACAGAUUUAGGAUUUGACAUGCUCAAAUGUAUAUAAGCUUUGAGCCUGGGAAUACGUUAUUUUUGUAGCAUUUUAUUUGUUUUGGUUUCCUUGUAUAGCAAAUAUUGGUAUUAUCGCAAA